AUGAACGUCUUCCGAAACAAGAAGAAGGGCAAGGAGGAGCCGGAGAGCGUCCGGCCAUCUAUGGAAUCCGAGUCCUCCAGCCCCUUCCGCAUGUUUAGCAAAAAGAAAGGCCAGAGCGAUGAUAUCAAGCCCGAUCUUGACAUCAGCACCGCCCUGCCAUCCACCGAUGAUUUCAGAACCAGCUUGCUCAUGACAGGACUCUCAGCUCGAUUUUCCAUGCUACGCGAGCAGGAUGAUCCCACAACCAAGAUGGGGAAGGCUAGUGAUGACAGUGUGCUCUUCCCUCGGGGACAAUCCAAUUGGGGUCUUGGCGGAGGCCUACAGGACAUCGCUGAGGUCGAGUCGAUAAGAUCGCCCUCCAUCUCUCGCUUGGAUGGUUUCAACAUAGAUGACGCUGCCGGAAGCGUCAUGAACCGGGCCAAACCCGUUGAUGGAAACAACCUAUUUGGCGGCCGACAAAAAGUCUACAGGCUCCCGGCCAACGGCUCAUCAGGAAAGGAUGGUAACAUGUCCAGCAGAACACUUCUCGAGGAUGAUGUGGGUCUGUCGGCCUUUCAGAAAUGGCGGCUGGCAGAGAAGGAAAGACAGAAUGCUGAAGGAGGCGAGUCCAAUGAAACGGAAUAUCACGAGUCUCAAUUAGAAUUCCAAUCAGAGCCUCAAUCAGACUCUUACCUGGAGCCGCUGCAAGAGUCUCACUCGGAACUUCUAUCAGAGUCCCGGUCUGAGACUAGCCGACGGCGAGAGACAAGCUCAACAGUUUCAUCAGUUGCGGCUCGCUACUCCACCGCAACCUCAGUUACCUCCCAAGGCGCACCGUCCGUCAGGGAUUCUCAGGUCACCUCGUCAGCUUCCACAGCUUCUGCGGAGCGUGUUCUUAGGACAAAGCGCCUGUAUGAGCAAGGUCUUAACCGUGAACUUCACGACCAGCAGUCGUCGGCCGUGUCUAGAAUGGACUAUCUAUCCAAGGGGCGCCCCUUUGCGUCUGCGACACCGGAUGUAUCAGCCUCACCAACUGCCAGCUUGUUUGGUGAUCGCAUGCUUGACCGUCGACCGAUCCUGGCAAAGGCUAGUGCCCCCAACCUGCGGUCGUUCACACCCAGCUCUGCGUCGCCUUCUCCCAACGAGCCCAGCUCCAAGUUCCCAGUCUCUGCUACCAAGUCGAGCUUCGGAAUUCCGCCCAUCAGCCCCCCCAUGAGCGAGCCUGAAGAACACCCCCUGCUUACAAUUCAGCCCAACGAUAGAGGCAAGGCCACGGCAAUGGGCGUUUUUGAGAGACCCGCCGAGAAAUAUGACGACUCUACUUAUGCCCAGCGACAACUACAGCUUCAGCAGGGACGAGAAACUCCCGUUAACAACCACCGCUCCAUGGAGUCUAGCGCCUCCGUUUCGGACUCUAGGUCACAAUCUUCUUCAGCGAUGCAAAGGAAGCCACUGGAGAAUGCCGAGCCCACUGCAGCCAAGACCGCUGCUUCCGAGGAUCCAUCAUCCUUUUUUGAUGAUAGCGACACCUCUUCCGUCCUAAGCGGAUUGUUGGCUUCUGGGAACCCCCCAAGACUCUCUGUCGAAAGGCCUAAUGAUGGUGAUCAUCCAGCCUUCAAGAACUCCGCCAUCCCAGCUCCCCUUUCACUUGGCCCCAGAGUAUCGGGCGGCCUUUCGCCCUCUCCCAGUCCUAUGUCUGGGCCCCCUCAGGACUCUCCCACACUGCCAGGUAGCGGCUUGAGUGGUAUGGUGCGGGCACAUCUGCGUAGCGACAGCAAUGCCUCUUCCAUCUAUGGCAUGCCACCACAAGAAUCAGAACAGAGUACAGUGCAGACGACGGUGCAAAACACGUCGCAGACCGGUUUAGGCUUGGAUUAUGACCGUAGCCCCGGUUCGGCGCGAUCGCCUGGUAAUGCCCGAGCAAUGAUGUCUCGGUCUCCUUCUCGCCACAGGACUUCAAACGACGAUGCAGAUAGGGAGGAGGAGGACGAAUUUGCUCGUCAUCUUGCGGAUGGCGCUCGACGUGUCCGCGAGAAGCUCGGCUCCAUGGUCGACCCCGAGAUGGAUAAGCCCUCUCCGACGGUAGUGCCAUCCUUGGAGAGCCUCAAGGACGUCCCACCUCCGCGGUCGAAUGCAUUAGGCAUCCUCAAGUCGAAAUCCAGCCAUACCUCGCUGUUUGAUCGCCAACGCGACCAAAGCCAACCAAGGGCCAUGAAGAUGGUCAUGUCAUCCACCUCGGGUAGGAACAUGUCACCCUCUGCAUCUCGGAGAGGAUCCGCCGAGAACAUGGAUGAUUCGCGCAGAGGCCGCUCGACGCAAGCCCGAGAGCGGCCAUCGGAGGAUGGGGCCUCAACAGACAAGGAGGAGAGCGUCCACGUUGGUCUCAAGGCCUUUCGUCAAGCACGCCUCGAGCUCCAGAAGAUGAAGGAUCUAGAAACAACCCAACGACCGUCGGAACGGCCCCCCUUGGGUUCGCGAGUAGGGUCUCACGACGUCGGCGGCCCACCACCCGCCAUGUUUAACAGGAAGGCGCGUGAUGAGUCUCGGCAUGGCAGUGGUUCUCGGGCAACCUCCCGAGCAGGAUCGCGAGCUCCGUCGGAGCGAGAGAGAAGCGGAUCAGAGGCAAGCAACGCUGGCCCACCUCCGCUUCGACCAAUGCGGCUAAGAAACGGAUCGAAUGCGUACGAUGAUCAGUAUAUGCCCCCAUCCCCGAUGGCCUCUCCCGUCGGCAUGGGUACGAGAUCCAGAACCGGCAGCCUGCUCGGAGCGACGGCCUCCACCCCGAACCUGUUGUCGAAUGCACCUGCCCCUCCGCUGCCACCAAUCAACCCCCGGCGCAAGAAUGCCCUCGGCCGAGCCAGCGAGGACGACAUGCAAUCGCCGCGGGUCCCCGGAGGCUUCCCCGGUCCAGAUGACUCGGACGAUGACACGCUGGCAUCGCGUCGACAAAAGUUGCGCAAGGCCACAAGCGAAGGCACCAGCUUGAGAUCACGAAACAGCCCUUCCAGCAACGGCGUGAGACCACCCAUGCCUCCUCAGGGAGCCAUACCACCUAACAACAGAUUUCCCGGCGGUCUCUUCUGA